AUUUAUUUUGAAUCAGAACAAUUUCGACCAUGUUCCCAUUACUACUUCUUUUAACAGCAGUCACCGUCGCGUCAGGCGCAAGACCACAACCACCUAGAUUGGAUGGUAAAAUUGUUGGAGGAAAGCCCGUCAAGAUUGAAGAAUAUCCAUACCAAAUAUCUUUGCAAUAUUACGGCAGUCAUAUUUGUGGGGGUUCCAUCAUUGGACCAAAUAAAGUGCUUACUGCGGCUCACUGCACCAGCGGCUCAUCUGCUAGCUCAUUAUCAAUUCGUCACUCCAGCACCUAUCGAGGUUCUGAAGGUGUUGUGAUCAAGGUGGCUAGUAUUGCACAGAAUCCGGCCUACAAUCCAUCCACCAUUAGCAAUGACGUCACUGUAUUAACUCUUGCCGAAUCGAUCAAAGAUUCAGACAUUGGCAAACCGAUCGCAAUGGUCGAAGCCAACGCAGCAGAAGGUGGUCGGGAAGCAGUGUGUACAGGGUGGGGAACCCUGUCAUCUGGAGGAUCCUCUCCUCGCCAGCUACAAGCUGUUGACGUUAAAGAAGUAGACAGGAAAGAAUGCAAUACAAGUUACGGUGGUGGCAUUACCGACACCAUGAUCUGUUUUGGCAGCCCAGGAAAAGACUCUUGCCAGGGAGAUUCCGGUGGACCACUCGUAGUUGGUGAGAAGCAAGUUGGAAUUGUCUCAUGGGGCUAUGGGUGCGCUCAUCCAGAAUAUCCCGGCGUCUACGCCCAUGUUGCUUCUCUCAGAACUUUCAUCGAUCAAAAUCUGUAA